UGGUCCCCUUGCAGUGGGGGGAAGGAAUCAAACCCCCAAGAUGGCGGCGGCGUCGGAGGAGCGGAUGGCUGAGGAAGGAGGCGGCGGCCACAGCGACGGCGGCCCCUCUUCGGCCAUCGGCUCUGCCCAGCGACUUCCCCCCCCGCCCCCGCCCCCGGCCCCGCAGCCGGGCUCCCAGGCGCCCCCAGCCCCGGCGCUGGCUCCCGACCAGCUGCCUCAAAACAACACGCUGGUGGCGCUGCCCAUCGUAGCCAUCGAGAACAUCCUCAGCUUUAUGUCCUACGACGAAAUUAGCCAGCUCCGCCUGGUUUGUAAAAGAAUGGACUUGGUCUGCCAGAGAAUGUUGAAUCAGGGAUUUCUAAAAGUGGAGAGAUACCACAAUCUAUGUCAGAAACAAGUUAAAGCACAACUUCCAAGGAGGGAGUCAGAAAGAAGAAACCACUCGUUAGCUCGUCACGCGGACAUCCUUGCUGCUGUGGAAACAAGGCUCUCACUGUUAAACAUGACUUUCAUGAAAUAUGUGGAUUCCAAUCUCUGUUGCUUCAUCCCAGGAAAGGUGAUUGAUGAGAUUUAUCGUGUGUUGAGAUACGUCAAUUCUACCAGAGCACCUCAACGAGCUCAUGAAGUACUUCAAGAGUUAAGGGAUAUCUCCUCCAUGGCAAUGGAGUACUUUGACGAGAAGAUCGUGCCCAUUCUGAAGAGGAAGUUACCAGGAUCAGAUGUGUCCGGAAGACUCAUGGGCUCUCCUCCAGUUCCGGGACCUUCUGCAGCCCUCACAACAAUGCAGCUCUUCUCUAAGCAAAACCCUUCACGACAAGAGGUUACCAAACUCCAGCAGCAGGUUAAGACAAACGGUGCCGGUGUGACUGUUCUCAGGCGUGAAAUUUCCGAGCUUCGCACCAAAGUGCAGGAACAGCAGAAGCAGCUUCAAGACCAGGACCAGAAACUGCUAGAGCAGACCCAGAUCAUAGGCGAGCAGAACGCGCGGUUAGCGGAGCUGGAGCGCAAACUGCGGGAAGUCAUGGAGAGCGCGGUGGGAAACUCCUCAGGGGCUGGGCAGAACGAAGAGUCUCCUCGGAAACGGAAAAAGGCAGCUGAAGCCAUAGACUCCCUUAGGAAAUCUAAGCGUCUCCGGAAUAGAAAGUAAAGGGGGGGAGGGUCCUGGCUCCAGAGGAAGACGUGGCUUUAGCAGCUGAAGCAGUUACGCACCUCAGGACGCCCCGGAGGCUUCUGGUCUUUCAGAAAGAACACAACUUCAGCUUGAACUCUUCACAGUUGGGACAGUCUUCUCCCGCUUCUCCUGGUUGAACUGAUGCACAGAACCUUUUUACUUUGCAAUAGAUUUGUACUAACCAGACCUGUCCUAUCAUGUUUUGAGGAGUUAACUUUUUUCUGUGCAGAUAAUGUUUAAAGUAAGUUUAUUUGUUCUUGCAUAUAUGCACAUUACAGAAAGAUCUGAAACAAACCAGUCUGGACAGACUAGGAGUUAAGUUGAAUACAGAAAAUGUCCUGUUUCACUUGAAAGAAAAGACCUACUUUUUAAAUGGACAGUAUCUUGUUUUAAAAAAAAAAAAGAAAAAGUUGACUUUUUGUUAUAAGUGACCUUUGUCUGGAAUGUCUGAAAAGUAGUAAAUGCUUUUUGGUAUCGAAGUAAUGGGUAACUAAAACGGACUUCCAUAGUGUUGACUGUAGGAGGGGCCUCUACAGUAUUGACUAUAUAUUUUUAUAAACUACUGGCAAGGGACUUAUCCAGUUGUUCUACACAUGUUUUCAGUUCUCUUCUGGGGCCACGCCCUGCAUUUGCAUGGAUGCAUGCACGCAUCGCCUAGUCAGCUCACGUAAAAAGCUGUUGCACUGGUAUUGACCUUGAACCUCUCUACUUCUCCACUUUCUAGAGCAGCGUUAGUUUAUUUGAGCACCUAACAUCUUCCACCACCACAACAGCUUGCCUCCAGGGAGGGAUUAGUCCUUUUGUCCUCCGGUUUUAGGGGAGCGAGGGAGCAUUAAAGCCCAUCGCUUUCUCUGUUCUCUGUAGGGUUCAGGUACAGUAGCCAAGGCAGAACCCCGAACUCCAAGGCUCUGUCAGUGUCGGACCUCUGGGGACUGGUAGUGGCCCUUACUCACCACCGUGUGUGUUCAUGGAUCAGUGUGAUCACCACAGGUGUGAGCAGGGGACCCAGCUUAUGGGAUGCAGUUUUGCCAUUGAAAGAAAGCUCAUUGAAGAAAAAUCCUACUAUGAAAAAGCAUUUUGAUCAUUUCAUUUCUGGGGGAUGACCUGAGGGAAGCUUUUAAAUAUUAAUUUCAAGCUUUCCUUAUCCUACAACUUUAAACAAAAGCUUUAAUUUCGUUUGCACUCCUGUUUUGAGCGUGUAACUGGAAAAGCAUGUCUUGCACUGUUCACACUUCUAAGCGGUCACUUUAACAACCUCCAGAUUGUGUGCAGUGGUUUCUUUCCCCACUUGUAUAUUUUUGAGACCUUCAACUAUUACUGUCCCCGUUUUAUGUUAAUGUACUAAAUUAUGUAGUUAUUAUUUGACUGAUAAGUUCUUUUAUCAACUGUCAACAACUGUUGCCUUGGGCUUCAGUUCUUUAAAAUAGGUUUAGGUGUAAUAUAGAAAAUUAUCCCUGUCCAGGUGGGAGUUUGACACCUGCAUAAAACCUAAGGUUUUGGUAAGUACCUUAGUUGAAUAAAAGCACAAGGUUACCGCCCUUUUUACCCGUCCACCAUGACACGGUUAUCCAUCCUUUAACCUCACCAAACAAAACUUUUUCUUACCCAUUUUUAAGAUUGUCCUUCCAUAAUACUGUCCUUAGAUUUUGAUCAAUUCUCUGUCUGACUUGGAAACUCCAUUUACAAUGUAGUAUGUUUUCAAUGAAAAAAAAGACAACAACCAAAAAAACUACCAUAUAACAUCCAAGUGUUUCAUGGUUUGUUGGGAAGGUAAUUUGAAAAUAAACAAUUUCCAAAAAACAUUUGUCAGCCAAGGUCAUCCAUAAAAGUCCCCGUCUGGAACUUGUUUUCUUGGCAGGUGUCAUUUUUGUAAUCCUAGGAUUUAGCCAUAUUGUCCUAACUCUGGAGCAGGCCUACUGGAAUACUCAUGGCCGUGAAUAGUCUGCCUUCCCGGUAAUGGGAAGACUCUAUUUAGAGUAACCAGGUAACAUGUUUACAGGUUUACAAAGUAGGAUCCUUACGCAUCAAAGGGAUACAACCUCAGAUGAUGAGCAGUUGUUCAUGAAUUAUUUAAAGUUCCUGGGUUUCUUUUUAAACUACACCUAGACACCCUAAAUGUAUGUAGAAUCUUCCAUUAGUUAGCAUGAGUAUUUGGCUUUCGUAGGAAGCAUCCACACUAUCAGAAGGUAGAUUUUCUGUUUCAAAAUCCACACUUAUACAGGAUUCGCUCGUAACUGUCCAGAAGGCCCAUGAGUUGCACUUGUUAAUGCACGAAUGUUCCGUAAGAGUAGGAGAAGAAAGCACUACAGUUCAGUCGUCUGUUUAAGUCUUAAAUCUGACCUAAGACAUCUUGCUAAAAAACACGUUAGGCUAUGGCCUUGACCGAUUUGAUAGCUGUUACACUUGCUUUGGGAUAGCAUAGUGGCAUUUAGGGUUCGACAGAUCACAAAUUAUUUGCAUCCGCUAAAACCGACAUGCCACGGGAAGGUUGCAGACUAGCCUCCCAAACGGGAACCAUCUUGCCGGGGGUUAGACACCAGCGGCUUCAGUGUCAUGUCCUGGAACGAGAUGCCAUGAGUUCCUCGGGUCCUCUUCCCUUGGCUGUCUCUCAGAGGAGGCUUCUCUGUGUUAGCGGGUCACUCCCACUUGUGACUCGAUUAUGGCGCAGCGCCCGCGACACAAACCCGAGGGGAAGAGGCGUCAGGAACGAGGAGGACUUGCCCCCACCUCACCCACCCAGGGCCCCCCGCGUCUCUCCCACAUGGACUUGGCUUGGUUUUCACGUAAUCGAAAUACGGAUUCUUUAGGACGUGAGGUUACAGAACCUGCUGCUUUUCAAGCUCCUUUGUCGCGGUGCAGAGCCUGGAGGUGACGAGGCAGACGCAGACGGAGCGUAAUGCAUCAGACUGUUUUAAAAACUGUCGGGCUGCCAUCUGGUCUAAAGCCACCGGUUUUAGAAGCAGCUUUGUUUUUGUUUUUUUUUUUGGUAAGACGUGCUUUUUGGAAUACUGAACUUUACAGGGGCUUGCCUUAAUCUCUAUUUAGUAGUUUCAAGGUGUAUGCGCUAUUAUUCUACUUGUUAAAAUGUUGAAAUAUUCUAUGUAGCCCCGAAGGUGGGUAAAACAGUAUGAGUCAUGCCUAAAUAAAUAAGCUAAAGGUGUCGCUAUA